CCCCUCUCUGAAGUCUGAAUGCAGCAAUAUAGAGGAGUUAGUGGGAAGUUCAGGGAAAAUAAGUCGCUCCUUUAAGGGAAAGUUGUGGGCUCGACCUUGUUUCUCAUUUAAUCUAUUUUGGAGUGUGUUCAGGAUUAACGGGGGGAGCCACUUCAAAGCUGAGAAAGAAGGAAGUUUGUGAAAUUUUGUGCCCUGUGAAAAAUGUCCGAAUCUGGAAUCAACCCGCACUUGGAGGGAAUUAUUUCUGAUUUUGAAGCCCUGAAGAGAUCCUUUGAGGUGGAGGAUGUUGACACUUCAUCCCACUCUUCGCCCGGCACCCGGCGGACCACCAGCUCCCCUCAUCGUAACGCCAUGUCUCCCACCAGCAUCUACUACCGUGACCUGGGCACCGCCGCCCCGGCCACCAACAACAACAACCUCAACUACACCCAACCCCGCUCCAUCAUGGGCGGAGGAGGCUCCAAGACCCCCGAGCCCGUGUCGCGCCGCUCUGAACUCUCCAUCGACAUCUCCUCCUCCAGCAAGCAGGUAGACAACGCCACCAGCCCCGCAUCCACGCGCUUCGUGAGCAACAGCGCCCUGAAACGUCCCGAAGUCCUGGGACACUCCAAGACCCCCGAGAUGACCCACAAGAGGGAGGUGACCUUCGCCAAGACGCCGACCGACUCCCCGGUGAUACGCCGCAAUGAGGGCAACAACAACAACAACGGGUUCAGCAGAGCCCCUGAGCAGAAUCACGCUCGCAAGUUCGAGCCGCCCAGUCCCGGGGAUGUGCGCAAACCUGAAAUCAGCAUCACCAGAGCUCCUCCGGAGAACAACGGCCACCACCCGGCAGUGCACCACCCGCACCACCCCAACCCUCACCACAACACCAUUGUCACCACCUUCCGCUGCUCUUCGCCCAACCACGCCGGACGCAAAUCCCCCAACCCUGACAGGUCAGAGGUCAAUCUGAGCCACAGCAACAUGUCUGAGUCCGCCAAGCCUCAACCCCAAGGUAAAGGGGAGAAGACCCACGGGGGAGACUCCAGUUAUGUCGGCAUCGACGCCAUCCUGGAGCAGAUGAGGAGGAAGGCCAUGAAGCAGGGCUUCGAGCUCAACAUCAUGGUAGUAGGGCAAAGUGGCCUGGGGAAGUCCACUCUGGUGAACACGCUGUUCAAAUCCAAGGUGAGCCGUAAAUCAGUGCAGCCCGACCCAGAGGAGAGGAUUCCCAAGACCAUCGAGAUCAAGUCCAUCAGUCACGACAUCGAGGAGAAAGGUGUGAGGAUGAAGCUGACGGUUAUCGACACUCCUGGCUUUGGAGAUCAGAUCAACAAUGAGAACUGCUGGCAGCCCAUCAUGAAGUUCAUCAACGACCAGUACGAAGUCUACCUGCAGGAGGAGAUCAACAUCAACAGGAAGAAAAGGAUCCCAGACUCCAGGGUUCACUGCUGCAUAUACUUCAUACCUCCCACUGGCCACUGCCUCCGGCCUCUGGAUGUGGAGUUCAUGAGGCGCCUCAGCAAGGUGGUCAACAUCGUCCCCGUCAUCGCCAAGGCCGACACACUCACCCUGGAGGAGAGGGACUACUUCAAACAGACGAUUCGGGAAGAGCUGCGAGCCAACGGCAUCGACGUGUACCCUCAGAAAGAGUUUGACGAGGACGCAGAGGACAGGAUGAUCAAUGACAAAAUCAGGGAGAUGAUCCCUUUUGCUGUGGUGGGCAGUGACCAGGAGUACCAGGUGAACGGGAAGAGGAUUCUGGGAAGGAAAACAAAAUGGGGCACAAUAGAGGUUGAGAACAUUGCACACUGUGAGUUUGCUUACCUGCGAGAUCUCCUCAUCAGGACACACAUGCAGAACAUCAAGGACAUCACGGGCAGCAUCCACUACGAGACGUAUCGCGUCCGCCGGCUAAACGAGUCCAACAUCCACUUCAGCGCUCACCUGUCUGACGGUCCUGCUGUUCAGCCGAAGGCCAACGGUCAGCCGGAGGAGCAGCCGCCCAUCGCCCCGCAGGCCAACGGAGUCGCUGCUCAACACGAAGCCUUGUCCCACGAGAUGUAGAGGAGGGGGGAAGCCAGUUCGCCAGUUUAUGAUAUCAGGACACAGCCAGGCACAAAGAGCACACACUCACACAUACAUUCUGUUUACAUGAAAAAGCCCACACACACACACACACACUCAUGCUGUGAAGACCAUUUUUGUUACCUAGAAGGACUGCCUAACUACAGCUUUUAAUUUAUCAGGAUAUUACAAGACACAAGAUGGAGAGUAAAUCCCCCACAUUUUUCCUUCCAUGGGCUGUUUUCUUAUCUUUUUCUUCCACGAAUACAGUUGUGAGCAAAAUGGUGUCCUCACUGCGACCCACAUGCUGUACAGAACUCUUGUUUUUUCUUCCAUCAGUUGAGUCUGCAUUCAGGAUUGUUUACAAUAAACCGUGACAGUUGUCAGAUCGUGGAUAAUCAGAGUUAAAUCCACAGAUAUUUCAUCGCAGAGAGCGUCGGCUUUUAUUACAGCGCAGCCGUGGACUGUCGCGGUGGGGUGCAAAAUGGAAUAUAUGUAGAUGUAAGCAGCUCAGCAGUGGAGCAAGAUUAUGAUCAGACUCAAUUAGUGUGAGGAGAAACAACAUCCAGAAGAAACGAGCUUGUCGUGUGCAGAACGUCGCAGAAAGUUUGGCCGUCCAGGUGGGGAGAAACGUCACAACAUGAAGCACAGCGUAUGAGAUGAUACUAGAUUCACCUUAGAAAUAACUUAGUGCCACUGGCCCGGUCCGCUCUGUGUUGUGGUGUAUAGUAUUGUAUAGUUGCUAGGGUUAGGUAGGGAUAUUUAGAUUAGGUUUAUAGUAUUACGGAGAAAGGUAUUGUCGACACCUCCGCACUGUAGAAUUAAAAAAGAAAGCAAUAGCAGUGUGGAGCAGCUUUCGGAAAAAUGAGUCCCCCUCACCCCCUCCUCGGUAAUUUUUCCGUUGUGUUGCGAUGUUUUUAAAGCCUCUUUUUUUUUUUGCCAAACCAUACUGUCUCUUUCUAUAUAAUGCCAUUGUCGUGUAAUACAGUCAUAUGUUGCAUUUUGCAUUUGCUCAUUUACUGUUGUAUUUUUAUUGCUGAUGUUCAUAUUCUAAUAUUAUUGUAUAAGAUCGGGGUGCAGCUGUUGUCCCACGCAGCCGUUUUUUUGUUUUUUUUUUGUCCAUUUUUCUGACUUGUCAAGCAAAUAAAAUUCUUUUUUUUUUCCUGUUCUGUUUUAAAGAGAAGCACAUACAGUAUAUAGAGUUGAUUUAUGAAUAGGUAUUUAUGUGUAUGUUUAAUGUAAUCCGCUUAAUUCAACUUUCAUUCCAGCUGUUGGCUUCCAGAAGUUUGUCGCAGGUUUUAACCAGUGAUGAUCGUUUAGGCGUAGACUUAUGUUUGGCUUUUUUUUUGUUUCAUACAGUUUGUUGUACCCCUGUUUGCGAGACUGCACUAUAUCUAGCAAUAAAUGACCUUACCUGAAAUGAAUAAUUACACCCAAUCCUGCCGGUAGAUAAUGGUGAGAACAAUGGUGACAUUUACAUUUCAUAAGCAUUUUUAUCAGAGGCAGCUGCUCUGCUCCAAACUGUGAGGAACAAUUUGUGCCUACAAACCUGAAAUUACACCCAUAAAAAUCACCAAAUGUCACAAUAUUUCAGCAGCGUUUCAGAAUUUUUCACAUUUUCCAGCUCGAGGGAUAUUUUAUAGAGGCUACGUCUAAAUAAAACAGUCUAAUUUCGAAAGUUUUACGUCAAAGCAAAAGAAUUUUCCUUACACACGAGAUAUUAAAUUUUUAAAAAUGAGAGAAGUAUUGUCUCUUAUCCAGAGAACGUUAUUGGGUUACACUUUGUUUACUGUUGUAAAGUUCUUGUGUAAUUUGUCAUGGUAUUAUAGAUCAAGGUUUUAUCUUUGAUAUGCUAUCUCAAAGAAUAAAGAUUGAUAUUUUUAUUGUUUAAA